AUGGAAAAUAUCCAAGAACGCAACAUAGAAAAUGAACUGAAAACGUCGUAUCUUACCUACGCGAUGAGUGUCAAUACCAAUCGCGCGAUACCUGAUGUCCGUGACGGUCUCAAGCCGAGCACGCGUCGGAUUAUCUACGCUAUGGGUGAGAUAAAUCUGACCGCGAACCGACCCUAUGACAAGUGCGCAGCUGUCGUUGGGGAGGUAAUGAAGAACUUUCAUCCGCAUGGCGAUGGACCUAUUUACGGCACCCUUGUUGGUAUGGCGCAACCGUUCAAUAUGCGCUAUCCGUUGAUAGACGGGCAAGGAAACUUCGGUAGUAUUGAUGACGAUCCGGCUGGGGCGAUGCGCUACACGGAAUGUCGGCUUACCAGGAUUGCCGCGGAGAUGCUCACGGACAUUGAUAAGCAGGUAGUCGAUUUUCAACCCAACUACAAGGAAUCUCUUGAAGAACCGAAAGUCCUUCCGGGUCUCCUUCCGAAUUUGCUUGUCAACGGUACGACAGGUAUCGGUGUUGGUUACCUCACCCGCAUACCCCCACAUAAUCUGAGUGAAGUCAUUGAUGCGCUGCUAGGCAAACUCUCUGAUCCGGAUGCUACUUCAGAAACGCUUAUGGAACACAUCCUCGGCCCCGAUUUCCCAACUGCGGGAAUGAUCGUAGGUACUCGGGGCAUCAAGGAUAUGUACACCACUGGUAAGGGAAGUAUGAUUGUCCGUGCCAAAGCGAUCAUAGAGAGAAUUACUACAGCGGGUCAACCGGAAACUGAACAGGAACAGAUCAUCAUAACCGAAAUUCCUUAUCAGGUAAAGAAAAAUCGGUUGCUUGAGCGGAUGUAUCAAUUGGUUGUCGACAAAACUAUCACUGGAAUUAGGGAUAUACGGGACGAGUCAGACAAAGAUAUGCGCAUUGUCAUUGAGCUCAAACGUGGUGAAAUUGCUCAGGUUAUCCUAAAUCAGUUGUAUAAGCACACAGAUAUGCAGACGCACUUCAGUGCGAGUCUUCUCUGCCUGGUAGAUGGUCUUCCGAAGGUUCUAAGGCUCGAAGAUAUUUUACAUCACUACCUUGGGCAUCGACGGGAUGUGGUUCGUCGGCGUACACAAUUUGAACUCGCCCGCGCUGAGCGUAGAAACCACAUCCUUGAAGGGUAUCUCUUGGCACUGCAAAACCUUGAGGCGAUUAUAGAACUCGUCCAAACUGCUGAGUCCCCGCAGGCAGCGGAACAACAACUACAGGUUACGUACCAACUCAGCGAGCAGCAAGCAAGAGAAAUUCUCACGAUGACGCUCCGCCAAUUGACAGGGCUUGAGCGCCAGCGUAUCCACGAUGAAUACACGGAAAUAUUAGAUCGUAUCGCUGAGUUUCGCGCGAUCCUUGCCAGUGAGACGUUGAUAACAGAUAUAAUCCGGACAGAACUCGAAACUCUCAAGGAAACGUACGGCAAUGCACGGCGAACCGAAAUUACGAGCGAAAUCAAAGAAUUUGAAGUGGAAGAUUUUUAUUGCUGA